UUGAAGUCUCUGCCGGAUCAGGCAUGGAAGAUCCCCGCUGCGCAUCGCGGACUUCACGCAGCAACAAAGAGGAGAUUUUAGAGAAUUAAAGCAGGAUUUUUGCGACUUUUUUUGCAUCCACACUUUGGUACAAGUCGGCGUCGAAAGCGAACAUGCUGGGAUGGCUCGCAGCGCUCUGCGUCGCGGUCCUGCUGCUCGCCGUAACCUGGUGCGCAUUGUGCAAACUUUCUCCCGGCGCGGACGCCGGGAGGCGGACCGACGCCGCGGAGCUCGUCUGCAAGCCCUCCGCUCUGGCCAAGCACCUCAUGAAGACCUGCACUUCCUUCGCGGACUACGCGCCGUGCGCGGCAUGGACGUGGCGGGUCGGCGCAGUCCUCCGGAGCGCGUACGAGGCGUGCCGCGGCGGCGGCAGCAAGGUGCACUUCGCCAGGGACCACCUGCAGCUGAGCGAUGGCGGACUGGUGGCUUUGGACUGGGCUUUCCCCAAGUACCAGAAGAGACGCAGGACCUCCGGCCAGUCCGCCAGCCCGGUGCUGCUCAUCAUCCCCAAUUCUUUUGGCAAGAUCACCAGGAAUGUUCUGCAGUUGUGUCAAACGUCCCUCUCCCACGGAUACCUCCCCGUGGUGCUCAACCGCCGCGGCCACAACGGCACGGCCCUCACCACUCUCAAACUGCAGCAGUUCGGAGACCCGGCGGACCUGCGGGAGGUGGUGCGCUACGUUCGCUACCGACAGCCGGCUGGCAAACUGUACGCCGUGAGCGAGAGCACGGGCUCCGGCCUCCUCCUCUCCUACCUGGGCGAGUGCGGGUCCUCCAGCUACGUCACGGCCGCCGCCUGCCUGUCGCCCGUCUUCCGCUGCCAGAGCUGGUUUGAGAGCGGCCUGUGCUGGCCCCUGGAGCGGGCCCUGGUGCUCUAUCAGAAGAUGUGCCUGAGCAGAUACAAGACGGCGCUGAGUGCCAGCAUCAACACCGACCGCCUCUUCGCCACCACGACCCUACGCGGCCUGGAGGAAGCUCUCUUCUGUCGACCUCCGCUCGCGGACCCGAGCGGGACUUGUGCAUCGUGGGAGACGUACUGGGAAUGCAACGAGCCCUUGAGGGACGUGGACGAGGUGGCCACUCCGGUGCUGAGUAUCUGCGCCCGGGACGACCCCAUACGGGGCGACGCCUCGUCAACGGUGCCCCGGGAGCUUUUUGAGAGCAACCCGCAUUUGUUCCUCCUGCUGACAGACCGGGGCGGUCACUGCGGCUUCUCCGAGGGAACCUCCGCCGCGCCGAACCGUGCGACGGGCAACUGGAGCCACCGAGCUCUUUUGGAGUUCUUCAGGGCGACGGCGAACUUCAUGGCGGCCGAGGAGAGAGCCAAGCAACUGGCUGCCAGGAGGAGGGUUUUGGGGGCUGGUACGGGGGGGAGAGUCUUCCGGCACCGGAGUGUCAGCACGUGCAAACAAGUGCCAGCGUGUUCCCAUAACAUCCACGCCAUUUACAACUGGCAGAGGUCUUACACACGCUGAAGGGACCAAAAUAAAGACUUUAGGACACCUGGUUUACGGAGGUGUCUUUUCCUUCUUUUUUUUUUUGACACGUUUUUUUACGUUUGAAUUUUGUGAACUCAAUUUUUUUUUUUUUUACAUCAAAUUAAAUGGAAAAAAAAUAUGUUGGCAAAAUGUGCUUGUUUAAAAAAAUA